AUGGCAGCACCAGCUGUCAGAUUGGGAUCUCAGUGUUCAAGCGUCCAGCCGAAAGAUUACAGGGUUGUCAAUCAUGGAGGUCCUUCUCUCUUCAGAGAUAUAUAUGUGUCUGAGUUCAUUACUUGUCCAGACGGUCGCCAAGCUGAGCUGACGAACGCAGUCAAUGUGGGAGACACCAGGGAGGAUGGUGAAAUUGCCGGGGGGCCUAGAGAUAUACACUUCGCUGAGGAGUUUGCCUCUCCGUAUAAUCUCUUUACGAUAAAUGACGUUUGCGGGCUGGGUCUUGAAUUCGAUGCUUACGGCCACUCAUACACGUUCUCGAGAACAGAAACCUAUGCUUGGGGCGUCUACAACGCUUCAACUCAUCAAUUCGACGACCUCACAAUAUGGAGAUGCAACUACACCUGGGAAGAAGUUGCCACCGAAGUGAACCUCAAAGUUCUCAACGGGGAUUUUGUGUUGGAUUCGACGAGACCACCGAGGCCAGAUGAGUCAACCAUGAGACCGUUGGACCCUACCUUCAACAUUCCACCAAUUGGCUACGAGUUUGACGACCUGUCCGUAGGCAGCGCCCAGCCAUCAGUGGAACUGGACUGGGAACUCGCUGGUUCAAAGAACGAUCAGUUUGGCGUCUUAUUUGAACCGCACGGCCCGUUCUCAGCCCAAGACCUUCGCAACUCAGAAAAGGAAGACGCCAUCGUCAAGAAACUUGGUCACAACUACGCCCUCGUCGCAGCCCAACUAGCCAACCUCGAAAAUCGCUUCACCAUGACUGAGAGCUCUGCAGACCGUGCUCCUCCACUCAACGGCCUUCCGAAGCUCAACGCAACGAUUACUGACAACGAGCGACGUCGUCUCAGACAGAAGUCGGGGGUGGCCUGGGCUCUUACCACAAUAAUGGCAUCAGUAGUUCUGACUGACAUUUGGGCGCUGCUCUCCACAGCGUCGCGUCAUUACCUACGGAAAGCUCUGCCGCUGGAUAUGGACGUGAAAGGACUUGCCCCAAGUGGUUUCAAUAGCAUGGCGGCGAUGUUUGUCUUGCUCAAGGACUCGAAUAUCUGGGCAUAUCUUCCAGACGACGUGGAACGGCUGUCUUCCAAAAGGCUUUACGACCAUGUGGCCGACCUGAAGUUCCGGCUGGGCUGGUUUUAUCGGGCGGAGGACCAAUCUAGAGUCUUCACCGUGGGUGUGAUUGGAGAUCCAGGGUUCAUGUUUCUUGGGCCGAAGAAGGGCACAGCCAAGGAAGGGCCGCUGGUUGCACCGUAG